AUGCAACUCUCAUCCCUUGUAGCUCUGCUUCCUUUCUUGGCUAUUGCUUCUGCCUCACCUGUCGACCGAUCCCUCGGUAAGCGAUACAACGGUGUUCGAAUCAAGUCCAACCGAAACGGCCAAUGUCUUUCCGUCCCAGGUGAUGCCUUCGGUGAUGGAGUAAGAGUCCAAACCGUUGACUGUGCCCAAGCUCAAAAAUGGAACAUCAACCCGGGAUCUGGAAGUGUCAUUCAUGUCGCUUCUGGUUUAGCUCUUGAUGCUGGUACCGGUAGGGACAACAAUGAAAUCGUUAAGCUCUGGACCUCCUACCCCACUCUCUUCCAACAAACUUGGUACUUGACCGGUGACAACCGGAUCGCUAUCACUGGCGGUGACCAAUGUUUGGACCAAGGUAGCGAAUGGGAAGGUACCCAAACUUGGCAAUGUACCACGGGCAACACUAACCAAAUCUGGUACCCUAUCGACGACAAUGGAAACAGCUUGGACCCCAACGGCGGUGGUAACAACGGAGGUGACAAUGGUGGUGAUAACGGCAGUUCUCCCUCACCAGACGUUCCAGUCAAGGAUGUUUACCCUGAUCCUACCGAUGGUUCCCACAGAUUACAUCCCAACGGCCGAGACGACCUUUGUGUCACUGUUGACUCCGCCAAGGUUGAUUCAGGUACUCAAGUGAACAUCGCUUACUGCGCUCCUAACGACUCUGAUACCUCCAAAUACCAACUCUUCUGGGUUACCGGCGGUCAAAAGGGGGAAAUCAAGUUGAGAGAGUUCCCAGACAAGUGUCUCAAUUCCAACGUUGCUGGCGGUAACGGCCAAGCUGUUUGGAUCGAUGAUUGCAACAAAGCUUCCGAAACUCAAAGGUGGGACUACACUGGUGAUAAAUUGAGAGUCGACAAUGGUGGUAACACCUGUCUCGAUGUCGUUGAGGGUUCAGGAAAGACCGCCCAGUCUCCUUACGAUAUCGAAAAGCGACUCCAAACCUGGGAAUGCUUCGAAGGCAAUACCAACCAAAUCUUCACCAUCAAAUACUAG